AUGUGCAAAACCAAAAUGGCAGUUAACGUGUCUGAUCCCAACUCAUCUACACCUCGCCCGACUCAAUCACCACGAACUCGUUCAACUCGUUCUCCCCUCCCAACCUCCACCUACAACUCCGCCGCAUCAGCUCCCUCAACCUCCAGCGCCGCCACCACAAGCGGCUACUACACAACAACAUCCUCUUCCACUCUCUCGAGCCGCACCUCUCUCUCCAGCCUCCGCGAAUCCAUCGCGCAAAGCCCUAACAUAUACGACAUCUCCGAAAUUCGCGCCGCCACAAACAACUUCCUCGCCAAACGUUACUCUUCGUCCUCCACCACCACCUGCUGGCGCUGCUCUCUCCGGAACGCGGAAACAGUCGUAUUCCAGCGAAAAUGCCGGCGAAAAAUUGAAAUGUCACGGCUGAAAGAAAGACUCUCGAUCCUUUGCCGAAGCCAUCAUACGAGUGUGAUCAAAUUGUUAGGCGUUUGUAUCGCCGGAGAACAUAUUUAUCUUGUUUAUGAGUUUACAAACGGAGCUAAUCUCGCCGAUUGUUUACGAAACCCUAGAAAUCCGCAUUUCACCGUACUGUCGGCGUGGACGUCGAGAAUGCAGAUCGCGGCGGAUUUAGCUCACGGACUUGAUUAUAUCCACCAUAAAACCGGAUUAAAUCUAACGCUGGUUCAUAAUCAUAUCAAGAGCAGUGCUAUAAUUGUAACCGAACCGGAGUUCCAUGGUAAAAUCUGCCAUUUCGGAGCUGCACAGUUAUGCGGGGAAUUAGUAAACGACGCUGUUUCUGAAAAAGGUAAAAGUAAAAUUACUGAAAUAACUGAAUUGAACAGCGAAGAAGAAGAAGGAGAAGUAAAGGAUGAUAGUAAAUUGAAGAGAUUAACCAGUGGAGAUACGCAAUUCGAAGGAGUGAGAGGCUACAUGUCGCCGGAGUAUCAAACCACCGGCAUCGCUAGUCAGAAAGCUGACGUGUACGCUUUCGGAGUGGUGAUUUUAGAGUUAUUAUCCGGUGAAGAGCCUUUGAAGUUCAAAUUUGAUAAGAGCAGUGGUCACGUUGUACGGACGUCGGUUAUUGAGACUGCGAGAGCCGCCGUUCAAGGCGGUGACGCUGAAGAGAGGCAGGGGAGGGUAAGGAGGUGGAUGGAUAGGAGAUUGAAAGAUUCGUAUCCGGUUGACGUGGCAGAGAAGCUGACACGUUUAGCAAUCGAGUGUGUACGCGUGGAUGCUGAUGAACGGCCCGAUAUGGGACGCGUGGCGGGUAAGAUUUCGAAAUUGUAUUUGAGUUCUAGAAGCUGGUCUGAUCAAUUGGUCAGUGUAUCUGAUCAGAUUUCUGUCUCUUUAGCACCUAGAUGAUGCAAAAAUUGAGGCUUUUCUCUAACUAUUUUUUUUUGAAAAAAAAAUCUUAAAUAGAUUACAUCAUUAAAUGUGUAACAUUUAAAUUAAUUAAAUUUUAAUAACUCAAAUUUGUAAAAUUGUUUUUGAAACUUUUAUGUUGAUGUGAUAGGAGUGGAAGAUUUGAUUUUUGAUUAAACUAAUGAGGUGCAUGAGAGGACAGGAGUAGGAAUAAAUUGACUAAUGUAAAUUGUGAAACUAAUUAUUUUA